GACAAAAAAAUUGUUAUUUGCAUUGUUAUGCCGACGGUAGAGGACGUGCUAAAUCUGGCGUACCGGAAUACCGUAUGUAGUAGACGAUGUAUGAAUACACUUGCGUAGCUUUCCACGAAUCAGAUAGAUGUUAGUACUCACGCUAGACAAAGUUUCAUUUCCUAUAGGAUAAUUAUCAUUUUUUGUUGAUGAGUAUUGUCAAUUUAAACAGAUCGAGUCUCGUUUGGUUGAAAACCCCACACUGGAUCUAUCUCAGAACCAGGAUUGUACGUCAUUUUCAUCACUCACUACGUGGAAGUAAGAGAUAGUAUCCAGUAAUUAUAUUGUCAGACGAUUUUCAUUGAAGAGGAAAUGUCGAUAUAAGGAAGCGUCAAGCACAAAUGAAUUAGAAACUUUUUGGGGAUCACGUCAACACUAAUCGUUAACUUUUAUAUUUUGUUCUCCAUAUUGAAACAGAAUAUUUUCGGACAGCAGAGUUUGGAUUAAAUAUCAACUAAACAGUACACUUCUCGCAAUAAUUUAUGCAUAAAUUGACUGAAAGUAAGACAGUAAUGGCUCAGAAAGGGACAUCAACGAGUUACCAAUCUUAUCUUACAGUGGUCUUUUUAUUGAUGCUGAUUGCAGACCAAUGUAGGUGUAACAUUCUAGAUGACAUGGAUAUGACAAGAUACAACCAACAAUAUAAGAGAGGAGGCAGAAUAGAAUGCAGAUCGUGUGCCACACUCUCCUGCAUUCGGACAUGUGCUUUGGGAAAGCGAUCCUUCAGUCUGGAACCAGAAGAUCAUGAAGCAGUGUCAAAAGAUAAUUAUAUUCCUGUAGUGAGCAGCCAAACAUGCCUCCUAGAUUCCUUCUUUGAAUUGCUGUCAGAAGAAGGCAAAGAUCGAAUUAUUCAGGCUUUCCUGGAAGCUGAAUGACAGGCUUUUGGUGUUUGGUGUCAUGAUAGACAGUUUGUCCUAUCGACGGACCAUCAUCAUUCCAAGACACAUUUUGAUCGCUAAAAUAACUCUAUGAAUACUCCAGGGUAGACCUUCAAAUAGUCACUUCUUCAUCAGCGCAACUUAUGAUAAAAGAAUACAGCGUUGAUCGUUCUUUCUUAAUGUUAUUAUUUCUAGAUGUAUAGCUUUUAUACAAAGAGAUUUUGUAACAUUUUCGAUGAAAUCACACUUUUGAGUAUUAUGUAAUACUUCGACCUUGAAGAUAUUAACAUUAAUCAAACCAACUUUGGACAUCAUUGCUUAACUUUCUUUAUUGUAUCUCAUCAUGGAAAGAUAUACAAUCUACAUUUUGAAGCAUAUGUCUACUUUAGAAAGCCUAUCAACAUUAAGCAAUUUGGGUUUUUAAAAUUAUCAAACGUUGUAACACUAGUUGAACAAUGUUUAAGAAUACGUGACAUUGAAUAAGGCGCAAACUAUGGGUGUUCUAAGUGCACUGUGGUCUGUCUAUGGUUUACACUUGGGAUCAAAAGAAAAGAAAGAAAAUACUUCGAAGGAGAAAUGUCACAGCUAAUGCAACUAAUACUAAUAAUCAUAACUGGUGUGCACUUCCAACUCACUGACCCACAACCAUCUAUUAAACAAGUAGUUUUUAGGGAGAGCCUUGAAUGGAUUCACAUUAUUCUAAAAGGAAAUUUAAGGGACAAUAGAAGAAAAAGCGCAGUCACCAUACUUUGUAGAGGCUCGUUGUAGACGAUGAACGGAGAGGUCUUGAGGAGGUACUAGAGCGUAGGGAAAUGAGAUCUGUAAGAUAUUUUGGGUAUAGGCAAUUGAUAAUUUUGUUGGAGAGAAGAAGAACUUUGAAAGAGAUACGGUGAUGUAUGGGGAGCCAAUGAAGAGAACGCAGAAUUGGAGUUAUGUGCUCGGAUAGCCUAAAGGUGUUACUGUCCUAAAUUUUGAU